ACUUCCGGCCAGGCCGUUGUCUGGGUGGCGCGGUCUAGUCAUCGUUGGGCCUCGCCGCUUCGAUCUCCUAUCCCUUCCCCCCCCACCCCCCGCCCCAGCGCGGGGGGUCGACCAGUCAAGUGGCGCGGGAGGCGUUUCGGAUCUUCUCCUUCAUUUCGCUGUGGCCAGCUCCCUGGCUCCCCGCGCUGGGGGUCUGGGGUCCUUGGGGGCCCGCGAGGCCCGGUCUGAGGGGCCGGGGCCUACGUGGGCCCGCCGCUGGGCCCCAUGAGGCAUAGCCUGACCAAACUGCUGGCGGCCUCAGGCAGCGACUCCCCAACCCGCAGCGAGAGUCCGGCGCCGGCCGCGACCUGCUUGCUGCCCCCGGACCUGACCCGGGCGGCGGCGGCUGCGGCGGCGGCGGAGGAGGAAGAGACGGCGGCGGCCGGAUCUCCCGGCCGCAAGCAGCCGCGCGGCGACGAGGGCGAGUUGGAGGCCGGGAGGGGGGGCCGCGGCGGCGUGGCCGUGCGCGCGCCCUCGCCCGAGGAGAUGGAGGAGGAGGCGAUCGCCAGCGUCCCCGGGGAGGAGACGGAGGACAUGGACUUUCUGUCCGGGCUGGAACUGGCAGAUCUUUUGGACCCCCGGCAACCGGACUGGCACCUGGAGCCCGGACUCAGCUCGCCCGGGCCUCUCUCGUCGUCCGGCGGAGGCUCGGAUAGCGGCGGCCUGUGGAGAGGGGACGACGACGACGAGGCCGCGGCUGCCGAGAUGCAGCGCUUUUCUGACCUGCUGCAGAGGCUCUUAAACGGCAUCGGAGGCUGCAGCAGCGGCAGUGACAGUGGCAGCGGCGAAAAGAGGCGGAGAAAGUCCCCAGGAGGAGGCGCGGGCAGCAGCGGCAACGACAACAACCAGGCGGCGACAAAGAGUCCCCGGAAGGCGGCGGCGGCUGCUGCCCGUCUCAAUCGGCUAAAGAAGAAGGAGUACGUGAUGGGGCUGGAAAGUCGAGUCCGGGGUCUGGCAGCCGAGAACCAGGAGCUGCGGGCCGAGAAUCGGGAGCUGGGCAAACGCGUGCAGGCACUGCAGGAGGAGAGUCGAUACCUACGGGCCGUCUUAGCCAACGAGACCGGACUGGCUCGCUUGCUGAGCCGGCUGAGCGGCGUGGGACUGCGGCUGACCACCUCGCUCUUCAGAGACUCGCCCGCCGGUGACCAUGACUACGCUCUGCCCGUGGGAAAGCAGCAGCAGGACCUACUGGAAGAGGACGACUCGGCGGGAGGAGUGUGUCUUCAUGUGGACAAGGAUAAGGUGUCGGUGGAGUUCUGCUCGGCGUGCGCCCGGAAGGCGUCGUCUUCUCUUAAAAUUUUCUUUUUUAGGUGAUUUCCUUCCUGCCAGGCUCCGUUGUAGGGGUUACAGAACAGUCGUUCCCGCCUCACAACCUGACUUGCGUGUACCUAGCUCUUCUGUCCCCAGUGUGGACAUGGCCUUGGAUGACAUCGGUUCCAACUGUACACUGAAAGCUGCUAAUAGAGAUACAGUUUGGAGACAGUGAAACAGGUGAAGUUGAAUGGAAGUUCCGAGUUGUACAAGGUGCAAAUUGGAAUUCCAAUGUUAGAGCAACUUUUUAGAGGCUGACAAUAAGUAUUUGGGGCUUGCACAAAUGUGAUAGUUAUUUUGCUGGAGAUGACAGAAAUGUCUUAAAUAUUUGGGAAUGCCAUUUAGUUUUCAGGAGGAGAUGUAGAAAUACAAAGUAUUCAGAGUAAAAGAUUUUAAUAUCUCACCAUUAGAGAGGUUGGAAAUUAACAUGCAUAUCUGUGUUAUUGAAGGAGGAGUAAUAAUGGUUAAUGAAAUGUUUCUUUGAGGACCAGCACAGUGAUUACCUUAUCACUGAGUAUAAAUAAAUUGUUAAACACUUUUACUUUUGUUGUAUUAAAAUUUUAGGUUAAAUUUAUGUAUGAUUAGAUAUUGAAGGUUGUGAAAUGUGAAUGAAAACGUGUAAAGUGAGGCUUCACAAAGAAUCUUACUCUCCUUAUUUCAAAGGUUUUUGUCCUAUUUAAAAAUAAUUUUUAAAGUUGAGUGGUUCUGGCUACUCAAGAACACGAUUGACACUUUUUCCAAAGAUGGGACAUAUUCUUCCCUUGAAGUACUGUAUUAUCCAUUGUCUGAUUGUAUAGAUUCAGUUACUGUGUCCUUCAGUGUAAGAGGCAUUAAGAAAUUCUUUGUGAAACAUCACUGUUUGAUAAAGUAUAUACAUAUUUAGCAUCCUUGUUUUUCUUUGUGCUAAAGUGGAUACAGCUGUUGGGGCAGAAGAGACGGGACCAGCUGCUGGCCACAUUUCCUGCUUUAUUUUAAAAGGUAGUAUAAGAAAUGAGGAAAAAGAGGUAAUAUCAGGGCUUCUGCUGUCUUUUAUUUUAAAAUGUUCAUAAUUAAAAAGUAUUUUCCAGCAGUCCAAAGAUGUAAGUUAUCUUACACAUAAAAUGUUUUGUUGUUAUUUGGUUAUAAAAAUGGAAUCCUUGUUCUUGCACAACUGUAAAUGUUUUGUUGCUAGAUAACACAAUUUGAGACCUAACUUGGUCUCUGGUUUCCAGUGCAUUACAGCAUAUUUUGUAAAAUCAUCUACUGCACUUGAGCAUGAAUGGGUAAUAGCCAAACUCACAACCUGGAGUGAUGAACCUGCUUAUACCUAAGUGCAGGAGCAAGCCCCUCACAAUGCAGCUGCAUGGAUUUUUAGUGCCUACUGAAUUAUAUAUAUAUAUAUAUAUAUAUACACACACACACAAACCAAAAGUAGUUGGAAAAAUUAUUUGAAAUGACUAAUUUGUGCUAUCUCUAUGGAAUAUGUUAAAUGUAGCUUUUUGAAACAGAAGCCUUGAAUUGAAAUUUAAUUAAUACUUGAACAUUUUGUAUAUAUUUCUUUGUAUAUAAUUUUGUGCAGUACCAAUGACAAAAAUAUGGUGUCAUAAUAAAACCAGGUUUGUUGAUCUUUCAGUUAUGGGCUCAAAGAAUUUAUUCAUCUCUAACAUGACAUUGGAAAAUAAUGGAUGAAAAUAGGAAAAAUGAUUAUUGUUAAUGCUGACUUUGGGUCUUAAAAGGUUCUGGAAGCAGUAAGUGUGUUUUUCUAAAAUACCAUUCCCUUGGAAUAUUUUCUUCCUAAUGUCAUUGCUUUUCCUGCAUUAUUUGAAGUUUGGGGCUGGGGAGAAAUAGUAGUCAGAGCUUUCUGAAUUGGAAUGCUUUGAAAAUUCUAAGUGUAGAUUUUUAGAAUGUCAUUUUAUAAAUGGCAGUUUUUGGAAAUACUUGAGUAAGAACUUUUGAGAAUGGAGAUUAGAAUCACCUAUUUUUAAAGCUGCUUAUUUAGGUUACUUACGUUUUAACUGUCUUUUCUUAGUUUCCAUUUCAUUCUCUUUUUUUUUUUUUUCCCUAAUUUUGGUGACUUAGUGAUUUUGUCAUUUUUUACAUCAACUUCAUGGUCUUGUUUUUACAUGGUAUUGCAUGUAUUUAGGACCUAACAGGGGCUUUAAAUAAAUUUGAUCAUAUUUAUGUGUAAGCACAUUUUACUGUAAAUGUUUGGGUUUCUGAAUUUACAACAGAUCUGUUUAUUUCAGUAUGUAGUAAACAAUAUCUUAAAGUGUCCGAUUCACUACUUGUUAAUUAAAAAAAGUUAUGAUUAAUAUGAAACUGUUGUCUUACUAUUUUUAGAAAAUUGUGUUCUGAAUGAUGAGUAGUUGGAUAAAGGAGAUUUCUGGAAUAUAAUAAGGAUUGUUUUGAAAUUUUAAGGUUUGGCUCUAUUUACUGUAGUGGUUGAAAACAACUUAGUAUUUGGGAAACUUUUUUUUUUUCCCUAAUUGCCUCUAUGGCAAAAUGAUGCAGAAUUAAAGAGGUAGUUUUUUUUUUAAUAUUUGCCUUCUGAUGGUGACAGGAAUUCAUACAUUAAUUGAACUAACACAUCAUAUUGACCUCCUAUUUCUGUCAUAUUGACUUACUGUUUCUGCACUUUCUUGACCAGUCCUAACUAAAAAGUCCACAUUUGUUAAAAUGUCGUCACACCUCUGAUAUAAUCCGACAAAAAGUGUUCAAAAUAUUUUAAAUAUUUGUGCAUUUUGUAAUCACUAAAUUAAUCUCUCUCUCUUCUCUUUAAACAGCUUAGCAGUGUCUGCAAAAACGAAUCUUUUCCUACAACCUGUUAACUGACUGGACUGAUGGUAACAAAGUAAUUGUGGGAGCCAUGUCGGUCAAAAAUUUGGCAUCUGCUGAAAAAAAUGAAUGCCAUAUUCAAGUUCCCAAAUUACUUCUGUACUGAUUUCACUUUCCAGAUUUCACUUUCCAGAAAUGGAGAUAUGAAAAGAUUCUCUGGAAUCCUUGAAAGACUUAAUAGAAAUACAUGAGACUAAGUUAAUUUUGGAACAAAAUCAUACCCUUUUGUCUUUCAUGGGAGUGAUACUCAGUUCUUGCAUACCUUUUAAAAAUUGUAACCAUUGGAGAAGAGAAUUAUAGUAUUUCAUCAAGGAAUAAUAGAGUCUUUACACAAUCAAGAGCACAUUCUGUAGAAUUACAUUUUAGUGGAGUAGAAUUACAUAAACAGGCCAUCAGGGAUCACAAAGCAUAUCAUGAGUUUGUAUUUAUUUCCUGGAACUUGAGAGCUAAUCUGAAGUAUAGGCUGACCUUGCUGAGUAGAAUAUAAAAGUUAAUGUAAAGUCCUUAACUAUAAAGAGUAGUCUUUUUAAAUAGAUGCAUUGAUUUGUCUUGUGUAUCUGAAAAAAUUGAUUAUGAUUAAAUAUGUGAGUAGUUAAUUA